AUGUCAAAGAGUCCAAGUCGGAGACAAACUCGAGCUGCAAGGAGAACUCAAUAUGCUGAUUGUGUCGAAGACGGUAGUAAUGGAGGACUUUUAGCUUUAGAGAUGAGAUUGAAUCGUUUGGAAGAAAGACUAAAUCGUGAUCAGAUUCGUUUUGAAGAAGAUGAUGACAUAUUAGACGAUGUGAGACCCCGAGAUGGCCGUCGCGGACCGAAACGACCACGCACCAUUCUUACAUCUGCUCAGAGACGACAAUUUAAGGCCUCCUUCGAGUUAUCACCAAAACCAUGUAGAAAAGUUCGUGAAGCACUUGCAAAAGAUACGGGAUUGAGUGUACGUGUAGUUCAAGUGUGGUUUCAGAACCAACGAGCAAAAAUGAAAAAGCUCCAACGGAAAGCGAAAUCAGACACAAACUCAGAAAAAGAUACAAAAGAUGACAGAAGAGCUGAUAGCCCUCAUAGCGACCACGGUCAUUAUUUGAAUGGAUUGUCUGGAAGAGAUGGAGAGUCUUCUGGCUUUUCAACGGGCUCUCGACCAUUAAAUCCCAAUAAUCCAUAUUCACCUGAUGAUACUUAUCCAGUGAAUUCCGGUGAUAGUUUUUGUAGUAGUGAUAUAUCGUUGGAUGGUACUGAAGUUGCUUUCGAGAUGGGUGAGAAUGAAAAUCCUACGGGUACAGAAAAUAUUCCGCAAGCUUCUGUUCACUCUGGUCAUAUUGGAUCAUCAAACGAAUUGUCAGUAAUCGCUCAAAACUCUCAUCACACUGUCAACAAUCCGAUCGAUAAGCUUUUCAUGAUGCAGAAUAGUUAUUUUAGUAACGAUCAUUUAUAAUAUCAGUAUUUAUCUUGUUAUUCUGACGUGGAUAUAUUUAGUUUAUCAGUUUUCUUUCACAUACAUAUAUUUGUAAAUGAGUACUUUAUAAUAAAACAUCUUGUCUAUUAUAAAAUUUAAU